AUGACGGCAUCGGAAGUUUCAUAUAAUCGUAAAAUAAUAUCAGAGGAUUUAUCAAACGUUGAGUUCGACACCAGCGAAGAUGUGGAAGUUAUACCGACAUUUGAUUCCAUGGGACUUCGAGAUGAAUUAUUACGCGGCAUUUACACUUACGGUUUCGAGAAACCUUCCGCCAUUCAGCAAAGAAGUAUACUACCUAUUGUGAAGGGCCGCGAUGUCAUUGCACAGGCACAAUCCGGUACUGGCAAAACAGCUACAUUUUCAAUAUCCAUACUUCAAUCUCUGGAUACAACUCUUCGUGAAACACAGGUCUUGAUUUUGUCCCCUACUCGUGAAUUGGCCACUCAGAUUCAAAAGGUUAUUCUGGCUUUGGGAGACUUUAUGAAUGUACAGUGCCAUGCAUGUAUUGGUGGUACUAAUCUUGGCGAAGACAUCAGAAAACUUGAUUACGGGCAGCAUGUUGUAUCGGGGACACCUGGCAGAGUUUUCGAUAUGAUCAGACGAAGAGUGCUCCGAACAAGGUCUAUUAAAAUGCUAGUUCUUGACGAAGCUGAUGAAAUGUUGAACAAAGGAUUCAAGGAACAAAUUUAUGAUGUGUACCGUUAUCUGCCUCCGGCUACACAAGUCGUUCUCAUAUCUGCUACUCUACCCCAUGAGAUUCUGGAAAUGACCUCAAAGUUUAUGACUGAUCCUAUUAGGAUACUUGUAAAACGUGAUGAGUUGACAUUGGAAGGUAUCAAACAGUUCUUUGUUGCCGUGGAAAGGGAGGAAUGGAAAUUUGAUACUCUCUGCGACUUGUAUGACACAUUAACAAUCACUCAAGCUGUGAUCUUCUGUAAUACUAAAAGAAAGGUUGACUGGCUGACUCAGAAAAUGCAGGAAGCCAACUUCACUGUGAGCUCGAUGCAUGGAGAUAUGCCUCAAAAGGAAAGGGACAAUAUCAUGAAAGAAUUCCGGUCAGGACAAAGCCGAGUACUUAUAACAACAGAUGUAUGGGCCAGAGGUAUAGAUGUACAGCAGGUGUCCCUAGUCAUCAACUAUGACUUGCCGAAUAAUCGUGAAUUGUACAUUCAUAGAAUCGGCAGGUCAGGUCGUUUUGGUCGUAAGGGUGUUGCCAUCAACUUUGUGAAGUCCGACGACAUAAGGAUCUUAAGAGACAUAGAACAGUACUACUCCACACAGAUUGACGAGAUGCCAAUGAAUGUAGCCGACUUGAUAUAA